AUGGACGUCAAGGGCACGCUCAAGUGCUGCAAGGAGUUCACGGUGGAGGGCGUGGCGACGAGCGCGUCGAAGGCGUCCGUGAAGGCCACGGUGUCGAACGUCAUCGACCCCGGAUUCAAAGCCGUGGCGUCCGCCUCCUUCCCGUACAAGUCCCCUGCGAAGGUUGCCAUGGAAUACGGCCACCCCCACUUCCAUGUCAAGGGGACGGCAAGCAUGGCCAAGAUGCCAGAGGUGGCACUUAUGGCAUCGGCAGGUGUGUGCGGAGGCGUGGUGGGUGGCAAUGUGGCCUAUGACACCUCCAGGAAGGAGUGCUCGGCAUGGUCGUUGGCUGCCGGGUACACCCACCCAACCAACCACUCUGUGUUUGCCUACAUGCUGAAGAAAGGCCAGGCAGUGAAGGUCACGUACUCGUAUCAAAUGAGCGAUCGGGCAGUGGUUGGUGGAGAAGUGAUCAAGCCUCUCAAGAAUGGGGGUGACAUGACAGCGUCAUUGGGCUACUCGCGGAGGCUGGACUCAGGGGCGCUGGCAAAGGGGAAAGUCAGCAGCGAGGGCAUAUGCUCGUUGCUUUGGGAGUCCAUGUUGCCAGGCGACACAAAGGUAGCGUUGUCAGGUCAAUUCGAUGCGAACAGCCUGGAGAAGAAUGCGAGGGUUGGGAUGUCAAUGGAGAUUGGCAAGUGA